AUGGGAGCCAAAUGCCUGGUUGUGUAUGGCUGCCGUGGUAAAUACUUCAUCUACUAUAAUUCUCUGGAUAGUUUUCCAGAGGGGCUCAGACAGUCAAUCGUCGAUUUGAUACCAUGCGAUCCCGAAGAGUAUCAAAAAUGGCUCGAAUCAAUGCGAGAAACCCACUCCCUACUCGCUCGAGAGUUCGGGGAGCAUCAUCUUCCUAUAUUUGUCGAUUGCGAUCUCGACAACGAUACUCUUUCAGAUGAGGAGAAACGAUCCAGGCGCUGUCUGGCACUCCCCCCAAUGCGUGUUAUGACGUUCUCUCGAAAUGAUUUUGACGCAGAAUGGAUUCACACCAUCGAUUUGGAUCAAGAAGUCCUUUCUAUUGAUGAAACUGCACACUUUCAGGUUUCAGAAAUUCAACCUGGAGUUCUUUGGGUCAAACUUCUCGGGAGACUCGCGGAAACGUUGUAUAAUUCGUCCAUCCUCUAG